AGGGCUAUUAUUACCACGAGCGGCACAAUGUUGUCAUGAACAGCACUUCCCUAUUUUCAAAGCCACGGCAAAACACCUCCGAACUAUUUCAAGUUUUAUGUUCUUUCACUCUUUUUAUAAACACAAUUCUUGUUUUCUUUGGAAUGAACGUUCUGCGUUCGGUUCCUUUUUUCUUUCAAUUCUGGAUGUAAACCUCCCAGUCACACGAUUCAUAUGGGUUCCUGAUCAGUAGCCUAAUUUUAAGAGGACAUAGUUAGGCCCUCACUUCACCGAGAGAGGCACACCUGUCCGACCGGAAGUUGCGAUGACGCUACCAUCUUUAUGUAAACAUCCCAAGCACUUCGAUUCUCUUUCAGACAGUCUUUUUUUCUUCUCCGUUUCGCCACGAUGGUGGCUACAGUCCCGACGCGCUGUUUCCACCGGCCAGAUGGGGAACAGCACAUCAUCAUCUUUGGGGAAUUCAGCAACUGCUCCUGUGAAUCAGAUUCAAGAAACAAUUUCUGAUAAUUGUGUGGUGAUUUUCUCAAAAACAUCUUGUUCUUACUGUACGAUGGCGAAAAAACUUUUCCAUGACAUGAAUGUUAACUAUAAAGUGGUGGAAUUGGACAUGCUUGAACAUGGAAGUCAAUUUCAAGAUGCUCUCUACAAAAUGACCGGUGAAAGAACCGUACCAAGAAUAUUUGUCAAUGGAACUUUUAUUGGAGGUGCAACUGACACUCAUAGGCUUCACAAAGAAGGGAAACUGCUUCCACUAGUUCAUCAGUGUUAUUUAAAAAAAAGUAAGAGGAAAGAAUUUCAGUGAUGUAGGUGCUCAUAAUGUUGCUAGUAAAAUGUUAGUGAUUUAAAAUGAUCAUGCCUGAUAAUGCCUUUUAAAUGUUUGAGGAUGUUUUAAAAAUGUAAAUUAUCUUUAUGGGAAAGUUCUAAAACUAAUGAGCAAUAAAUUGCUGUGGAAAUCUC